CGUAAAGAGCAACAGUUUGAGUUAGGUUUGAGCUGAGAUUCUUCUUUCAAAAUGAAGAGCAAUCUGUUGGCAAUCUUUGUGUUCACGGCAUUAUUAUGUAGCACACGCGCUACUCUUAAUGAAAAGAAAAUCCUCAAGGAGAAGGAUAUGAUGAGGAAAAUUGUAUUCGACAAAAAGACACCAGAUGUCUUCUACUGUCCCAUACAGAAGCCCUCGUCGAUGAAUAAAAUAAUUGUCACAGCUCGCCCACUACAUAAACUGUGCGAAUACGAAGGCAAUCCACUGCCAGCUGAAUACAAAUCCGACUGUUAUAUGGAUAUUGAUGAAUCCGAUUAUGCAUGCAAGGAGAAAUAUAGAAUUAUGAAACGAUUCGCCAAAGACGAACCCUAAUACAAUAAUCACAAACAACACAACAAAUUUUAACAGCUUAUUGUACAUUAUCAUUGCACCAUACGCUGACAGCUUUGAGUAACUGGAUAACACGGCUAAAUAUCACAGUUUUAUCGCUGUACUUAUAUAUAUCUAUAUAUAUAUGCAUAUAAACUCAAAACUUACAAAUACACAACACAUUUACCAAAUAGCACAAACCCCAAAA